AUGUCCCGCGAGCGGCCCCUCCGCACAGACAUUCCCCGCAACCUAAGCUUUAUAGCUGCACUGACAGAGCGCGCCUACUACCGCAGCCAGCGGCCAAGCCUCGAGGAGGAGCUCGAGGAGGAGCUCGGCGAGGGCGGGACCCGGCCCGGUGCCCGAUCCCGCGCUCACGCUCCACAUCGGGGUCGCCGAGCUCGCUCUGCACCAGCCGGAGGCGGUGCAGCUCGUGCGCCCCGCAGCCGUAGCCCUGACACCCGCAAGAGAGUACGCUUUGCGGACGCGCUGGGGCUGGAGCUGGCCUCCGUGCGCCGCUUCCGUCCCGGAGAGCUGCCUCGGGUGCCCCGCCACGUGCAGGUUCAGCACCAGAGGGACGCCCUCCGUCACUUCGCGCCGUGCCAGCCGCGCGCCCGCAGCCUCCAGGAGGCGCGCGCCGCCCUGGAGCCGGCCUGCGAGCCCGGUUUCGUCGCGCGCCUGCAGGCACAGCGCAUUUGCUUGGAACGCGCCGAGGCGGGCCCACUGGGCGUGGCCGGGAGCGCGCGCGUGCUGGACCUGGCCUACGAGAAGCGCGUGAGCGUACGCUGGAGCGCCGACGGCUGGCGGAGCCAGCGCGAAGCCCCCGCCGCCUACGCCGGCCCGGCCCCGCCCCCUCCGCGCGCGGACCGCUUCGCCUUCCGCCUGCCCGCGCCGCCCAUUGGAGGUUCUCUGCUCUUCGCCUUGCGUUACCGUGUGACGGGUCACGAGUUCUGGGACAACAACGGUGGCCGAGACUAUGCUCUACGUGGGCCCGAGCAUCCGGGCAGUGGCGGAGUCCCGGAGCCCCAGGGCUGGAUCCACUUUAUCUGAGACGAGGCGCUGGCCCGCCACUACGGAGAAACUCAAAGAAGAGGUGAAGACCCUACUUCCUUUUCUUCCAAGACCAUGGUUGAUCCACCUUUCUCCUUCAGACUCCUUCACUGUCUUCUGAAGGGAGAAGAGGGAAAAGAAGCAGUUCCUGUUAUUACAGAUGAACAAGGAGCACCCAG